AUUGCUUCUAGUUUGGUAUCUUGGUUUGACCAUAAUUCGACUCUCGGUCUUCGUCAAUCCCCGACACUAUUCUUCGUAAAUAAGAAAGCCCAAAUCUCAAAAGUACCGGUAAAUGGAAAUAUCUUAAGACCUUUCAUCUUUAAAAUGCUGAAAAAGUUGAAGACAACAGCGCCAAGGGAGAGUUGAAAGAGAUGGGUUUUUGGGAGGCUUUUGUUGAACUCUUAGCAAAUAUCUUCACUGUAAUUUGUUGGCCUUCAUUCACUUUAAUCUACCCCUUGUUUGUUUCAAUUCGCAUUGUGGAGACUAAUUCUUCCUUAAAAAAUCAACAAUGUUUGACAUACUGGGUUCUGUUUGCUUUCAGUACAAUGGUGGAGCUGACACUUGGGAACAUUUUGAAAUGGUUUCCUUUCUGGCCUUAUGCAAAGGGUGUAGCAACAAUAUUGCUUGUGACACCCUACUUUGGGGGUGCUUCUUAUGUCUUCAGCCUAUUGAUCAGACCUUAUUUUAUAGAGAAAAGAUGGGACAUCAUGUUCUUCCCAAAGAAGAAAGGCUUUGUAUUGCACGAAGCAAACGGUACCGUUGGUGAUGCCGACACAAGUAUGCUCACAUACGGGCCAAAAUCGGAGAAACUUACUACUGACCAGGGAAAUGUUAAUAUCAGCUACGGCAAUACAGAGGUGAUUUCUACACAAAAGAGAGUUCAAAAGGAAUGGAGCUGUGUACUUUGUCUAAUAAGUACUUCAAGUGAAGAUUGUCUUAAAGAACACCUUCGGGGGAAGAAACACAAGACCAAGGAAUAUGAACUCCGAGUAGGUGCACUGCCAUUGAUGGAAACUUGUAUGUUAUCUUCAAUGCCGAAGAAAGCUGAGAAGGUUGUUUUGUUCCGUAACCUGAAUAUCGAGACAUGGAGUGGCCUUCUACAUCCAGUCACAAGAUCAAUUAGAUGGUGUAAAUGGAAAAAGCCAGAGAUAGGAUGUUUAAAGUUAAAUACAGAUGGAUCAGUAGAUGCGGGAAAUUUGGGUUUUGGUGGUUUAUUAAGAGACUACAAGGGUGAACCAUUAUGUGCAUUUGUUUGUAAAGCUCCUCAAGGUGAUACUUUCUUGGUUGAACUAUGGGCUAUAUGGAGAGGUCUUGUUCUUGCUUCAGGUUUAGGUAUUAAAGUAAUAUGGGUUGAAUCCGAUUCAAAGAGCGUUGUGAAAACCAUUAACCGAGAGCAGCCAUAUGGUCCAAAGAGUAGUCAGUGUUUAAGGCAGAUAUGGAAACUUUUAACUAAGUUUGAGAACUAUCGGGUUACGCAUUCAUGGCGGGAAACUAAUAAAGCAGCUGAUCAUCUUUCAAGGAUGGUUCUUAGGGAAAAUGAUGUAGUGUUGUGGCCUGCUGACUUUCCUGAUACACUUAGCAGUAUUAUAAAGGAUGAUGCACAAGGCAAGACUUACUUAAGACGUUAACUUGGCCGUUUAGCUGUGGUUGGGGAUUACAAAUUGUGCAACACAAGGUGUUGUAUAUAAUCUAUAUAUGUAUAUAUUGGGUUUCAACCCUUUGUGGGUGUAUGGACUCCAUUAGUGCCUUUUGCCAUCUUUUGAUGACUGCAUGCUUCUGAGUGGCAGUGGUAACUUUGAAAACAAGAAGCAAGAGAACUUGAACAUUGCAAUUUUCAACCAUAGGCAACAAAAGAGUCCCAUUUGAAGUUCUGAUUUUGUAAAAAGAACAGUUGGGCUAAUUUCAUUGGAUGUGUUUAUUCUUUCGUUAACUUAAUGAUGCAUGUAGGUUCUCUUUUACACAGUACUGUUAACUUUUCAUUGGAAUAGGAAAAUCAAAAUUUUCAAA